CAGCCGUAAACAGACAACAACAGAGAGGGGGCUGUCUCGAUAGAGCUGCUCUGUGCAACGCUGCUUCAGCUGGCUUUUGCCGCUCCUGCGUUGUUCUGAGCUCGAGCAAUCAUAUACAGACAGAGGCAGCGUACGGUUUGAGGCUUCAGACCCCGAGCAUUAUCCUCUGAGCAGCAACAAGUGACUAUCGACGCGCGUUGUUGUUCCUAUGGUUCGGCGGGAUGAUCACCUGAACACUGAGCAGUGUUGCCACGCGUGAAAGUGCGUGUGUAUGCGGCAUGAGGGCCGCGUUAGCCACCGCCGCCGCUGCACUGUGGAUGGUGUGCGUGGUGGCCACACCGCAACCCAUGCACCUCGAGAGGGACUCUUAUAGGAGGCCCUCGAUCGUAGCCGCAUGGCAAAAACGGGUCGACCAACAUCCGAAAGAAGACUUCAUGACCGGCGAUUUCUCCCAACACUUGCCUCAACUUUCUGCUGUUAAUUCGCAAUUGAUGCUCCGCUCGCCUCGUGGCCAAAGACAGUACGACGUUCCUCAGAUCGAAUGUCCUCCGGCCGCUGACGGUAUGGAGAGAUUCGCAUGUCCCACCCCCGACAGGCAGGGUCGGUACCACUGCAUUGACGACCACGUUCUUUGCGAUGGUUUCAUAGACUGCCCUUCGGCCGAGGACGAAGAUCGACAAGCCUGCAUGUUUUAUAAAACGACAAAGGCACAUUUAGACGUACUGGCCGAUGCGCUACUGCGAUGGGCACGAGGACGUUAGGUUGCAACGUUCUAGGCGAUUUUUGGGCGUCCGAAGUCAGGUCCGGACUCCCCACAAAUGGUCCUUAAUCCGCCCAUUGUCGUCUAGCAUACUUUCAGAGAGCAAAAAGACUUCGCUAGCAGCAGCUACGGAUAAAUAACAUUCCUUUACAUCCACAUUCCUCAACCUUUAACAUUCACGAUUGUAUUUUGUGUUUAAUGGAAUAUAUUCGACAAAACAAAAUUAAGGAAGAGACGAGCGUGUUCCGCUUCUUUUUAAUUACUAUUAUUUAAAAAAAAGUCAAGAUUUGGCAAAAAAAAGCAGAUCCGGGGUUUCUCUGUAGCUCUGCCGCUGGCCGCAUAGUUGUUUUCCCAUGAAUAGCGCAGAAAAAAAAACCAAAAGUCCAAAAUUUUCAAUAAUCUCUUGCUGAAAUGAGAUUCGACAGAAGUGCUCUGUAGUGUAGAGUUUUGAUUUGUGUUUAGAACAACUUCAGAAAUGAAUUGAUUCUUUUUAUUUCCGGUCAGUGUCCUAAACUCAAUGAAAUUGUUAAAUAAUAGGUUGUCUAGUAUUUGUUACAAGUUUAUUAUUGUUAAAUUGUUAAUAUUUUAUAACGAUGUUAAUUUGCCUCGACUUAAAUUUUCGAGACGUGCAUAUAUUUUUCUAGAAAACGAAACCGAUAAUAACUUCAACUGCAUGAUUAUAAUUGCACUUAGUAGUUAGUGGAUUAAUAUUUACUUCGAAUAUAAGUGUUGCAUUGUCUAAUAUUAUCCAUUGGAAAGGCUUUCGGUGUAGCAUAUUAUUACGCACUUCUUAAAAGUUGAAGUUAUUAGUAACCACCGAAUGGUUCAUUUUGGGCAGAAAACAUGGAGGCUGGGCCAUUGUUUCGGAUUUAUAGCGCGACAUUUGUUCCAAGUAAGCUCAGUUUAUAAAAUCGGGCGAUGACCUAACCAGUCAUCCUGAGCCACCGAUUUUACUAAUUGACAAUUUUCGUCAAAAACGGCAAACCGAUUCUAAACAGUGGUUUAGUUUUUUACCCAACAUGAUUGAAGAGAACGGACAUUUUUCAAUGGAAUGCGACAAAGUCUAGGCAAAAAAAUUAGCAAAAGACCGAAACAUAUACUUAAAAGUCUGAAUAUUUACGUUCCAAGUCAACUUAGCAAUGAAAAGUCGUUGUUUUAGUUUUAGAAAACGCAGAAAAACACAUCGGCCUACGGUAUGACCGCUUACAAUGUUAGUCGGAAUGAUUUUACACCGGUGACUCACCGAUAUAUUCUAUCGCCUUUUUUCCGAUAUACAAAAAUAUUACGAGACAGACCUGCACAAAAAGAUAAAUAACAAUCAAAAGGUUAGCCAACCUUUAUUAAUUCAUAAUAUAUUUGUAUAUUGGUAGUAAAAUAUGAGUUAGGGACAAUUUUUAAUUUAACCUACGCAACCUAGACACAUUAAGUCUACAAAGGUGCUAUGGUAGUACAAGCUGAGGAAAACUUAACAAUUCUAACGAGGUGCAAAUAACAAAAGAAAUUUUACAAAUUCACUAGAAAGCAAUGAAGAAUCAAAUCUUCAGACUUCAAAUAUGCUUUCGAAAGAACUUUAUUUACAUUUUUCUUUUAUUCGCUCAUAUUCUAGCCCAAUUUUAUAGCUCAAUUUAUUUGUACUAGCUUACUACAUGGCAAAAUUUUUUAGUUCAAUGCAAUGCACCGGUGUAGAACCAUACGGCUGAUACCAAUCAAUAACUGAAACACGAAGAAAUGAAGUUGUUAAAACUUAGAGAUAGCCUUAUACUAAAUAUUUUUUAUUUAGUUAAUCUCAGGGUCAAAGGCAUUUCCACAUUUUUCCAGCAUCGCCCAUUACCCACACUGUCCCCGUGAAAGGAACCCAAUUCAAAAUUGAGUGUACGCCACUGCAAUUGUGAAUUUGGUAUCUUUUGUUGCCCCCAAAAGUUGUUCCUAACUUAGGCGGUUAGUUAGAAGAGCACUGGAGCACAUCUGCACCAUUUUUGCUGUCCUACUUUUUUAUGUAUAAGCACUUUAAAAGUGAUUUGACAUCGUAACCAAAUUUCUUAAUGUGAUAUACUAAUUAAAUAAUUGUUGAUAAUCCCGUCGGGAAUCUUUGUUUUCAACAUACAUAUAAAUGUAAUUUUUUCCAUACGACCUUUCCAGGAAGACUCCUUAAAUAUGGGUGGAACAGUAUAACUAGUCUAGUCAAUUCUAGUCUCGUAGGAACUUAUAAAAUCUUAGGAGGUUCGACGUCAGACAGGUUCCUUUCGAGGAAAAGGAUGAUUUCAAAUUAGCUGCCCGUAGUUACAGCUGUUAUUGAAACAUAAAGUAAUAAAUCAAAUAUCAUUUGUAACAGUCGCAAUAAAAUUUAACGUAAUGUUGCGUAGUUUACGAAUUGCCCGCUUCUUCGCCAUUGGAUAUCCUACAGAGGCACAAUCACUUGCAUAAAAAACCCGAAGCUGCCAAUUCGUGAACCACGAAUGUUUAUUUCGUAUUGAUAUAUUUAUUUCAGUAUUGUAACGUUAGUUGUUAAGUUCAGGCAAACGGUGUUUAAGGAGUCGUGCCGCACAUAACCUGCACUUGAAAUAAAGAUGUAUUAUAUUCUAUAAAGUCAAAAUAUAUUUAUUUUUUACUUACAUAUUUAAUUUUUAGAAAAUAUACUGUUCGAAUGGAUGUUUAUAUAAUAUAAAAUGCACUGAUUUAUGUAAAUUCUAAGGUUAUUUCGUCAUGAGUAAAUGUCACAAAUUGCACACCUACGCACAACGUAACCCGGUCGGUAACACCAAUCGUCCCCCCACCCACUGAUUUGGGAUGUUUGUUGUUCGAUUUGUCCUCGUUAUCUCAAUACAUUUGUAGAAGAGUCACCACAUCUCCCGAGUCCCCUCCUACCCUCUACCCUCGUCUGAGCCCACCCUUGUAAAACAGUUAACAUACUGAUCUGGUUAACUUAACUAGCUUUAAGUGUUAUAGCGGAUCGGCGGCCUAAAUAUUUUUAUAAAGUUUGUUGACUGAUCAUGACUUCGACUGUUAACAAUUUCCCGUAAAAAAAAAAUGGCGCGUCAUAAUAGAUUUUUGCUCUUUAGUGUGAACUCGGUCAGUAUGUUAAACCAAACACCUAACUAUGUGUAAAUGAGUAUAUUUUACUAUUAGUGUAUACAUACAGAAAGAAAAAAAAACAUGAUGAUGUACAAUAUAAGGAUACGAUGAUAUUCUAGAUAAUCAGAGAUGUGCUAUGAAGAUAGAAUCGAAAGCGGGAUUAAGGAGAACUCUGUAUCUCGUAAAAUAAAUUUGAGUGACUACUAUCUAUCCUGAUACCUAUAACAAUUAUGUAAAAGUAAAUGAAUAUAAAUGUACAAUAAAUGCCUCAGCCAA